CGUUUUUCCUGUAUCGCACGUGUGGUUCGAGGUCGAGGUUCGCUGAAGUUUCUCAGUUUAUAUAUUUUUCUAGGGUCUAGUUUCUUCCGUCCUUUUCUGUUGACCUUCUUUUGACCAUCAUGGAAGAUCGCUAUCGUAAUUUUGUAGCUUUUAAUGGCUACUUUCAAGUUUGUUUUCAAUGCAGUGAAGAUGAGAAAAACAAGAAAAAUGAGAUCGAGAACCAAUUUUCCACUGUUGGCAAGGUGAUGGGUGUAUCCUUCUCAAACAAAUAUUGCUUUGUAAAAUUCCAAACAAAAGCUGAAGCCCUAAAAGCCUUGGAUGAGUUGUCUUGUACUUAUCGUCUAGAGAUUCCAUUAGGGAACUUGGAGGGGACAGCCAAAAAUGCAGCUGGCCAGAAGCCUAGGAAUGGUGGCCUACAAACUUAUACACAUCAGGGGGGAGGAGGAGAUGCAUCGCAAGACUGGGUUUGCAGCAAUUGUGGAAACUUAAACUUUGAAUUCCGAGUCAGAUGCAACAUGUGUCAGUGUGAUAGGCAACUCAACAACAGACUUUACUCAGAUGUACCCAAGAGCAUUUCCUCGCCUUUCACAGGGGUACAAAUAUAUGUUGGAGGGCUCCCUUUUAAUGUCACUGAGGAUGAGGUGCUCGAAACCUUCCAGAUGUUCUGUCCAGUCAAUGUUCACAAGCCUAAAGCUCAGAAGGUCCAAACUAACAGCCAGUAUUUUUUCGUCGAAUUUGCAUCUGCCGAUAUGGCAGCACGUGCUUGCAUCGCGUUUGACGGCUAUAAGGUACGAGGUAAAAGUAUCCAUGUCAGUUUCGCAUCCCACACCAAUCCUGAUGUGAUGGAGCAAGCUUUGAAAGACUUAGUGGAAGGGGUCAGAGCCAAGUAUAAAUGGGCUGACAAGAAGAAGGAUAAAGAUGGGCAAAUGACCAAUAAAAAUACCCCAUCUGUGACAGAUCCACUGCAAGGCCCAACCUAUCAGAAUGGAGAUUCUGCCACACCAAGUUUGUUCAGCAUGACAGUCGAUCACGUUUCGUCUUUGUUACGAGACCUUUCCCUCAUACAGCACGUCCCAGUGUUCCGUAGCUAUGGCGUAGACGGAGAGAUGCUCAACUCCAUGACGGAGCCUGGCUUAGACAUGUUGGGCAUGAUCAACCCACUGGAGAAGGCCAAGUUGUUGGGGAGGGUGGAGAAGAUGAAAAGGUACUCAAAGUGACACUCCCAAUAUUGAGAAGAAAACAGCUGAAUAGACUUGCACUUUUUCCAUCUAUGAUCACGUUAUUGAUUUGUUAUUCAAAGCAAAAUGGUGCUUAUUGUUGACAUCUUGAUGAUAAGGAGUGGGUGGGAGGAAAAGACAUUGGUCAUUAACUUUUUACAUCAGCAAAACAGGCCAACCCAUCUACCAGACUUGGCAAUGAUGGAUCCAAAAUUCACCAGUAGAUUGGAUCACGAUGCCCAUUUUCAAGGUGUGUAACAGUACAUGCUUUGAAGUAUCAGAUUUGGCACCCUCUUGCCUGGUACUCAUGACACCUCGAAGCAUGUAUUGAUACACACCUUGAAAACCAGUGUAGCGUGUUCCGAUCUACGAUGUAUUCUGCAUCCUUCCGUGCCACGUCUGGUAGUUGGGUAGACCUGCAAGAGUAACAGAGAGCCUCAAGGCUAUGCUGUGGUAUUAUGCAUUAGGUUGAAGACUGAAUACCUUACCUCCUGUGAAUAUGCAGUGACUAAUACUGGUGUGGCUACUCCUACAGAUGCAAUGCUAUCAGCAGAAUGUGAAAUAGAUAUAAAGAUGCUCUAAGGCCAGUUAACUUCAAUUACUUAAUUCAGACUUUCAGUGCUGUUCCUGUGCUGUAACUCAUUAUUGAUAGUUCUUUUGUUUUUAUUAUUCUUUUUAUUUCCUAAGAACAGCAUUUGACUUCUGUUUUUUUCUUCUUCUUAAUUUUUUGCGUGUAGUAUUUCAUGCUUUUUCUCAGAAUUUCAUCGAUGAUUUGAAUUUCAUACAGUAAGGCAAGUGUCUUAAUUUGUAAAAGAAAUUUAAAUUGUGUAAAAGAGUAUAGUUCUAUUUCUUUACGGCAAUUUUUUAGGAAAAAAGUGAUAUCCCUUUAAAACACAGUCAAGUUAAACUAGUUUUCCCAUGCCCAUUAGAAACACUCAAGUUUCGCACAAGUCAUUAAAAUUGAAAGUAGUUCUGUAAAGAAGUAUAUUUUAUCACUUGCUAUGUCGUAAAAAGGUGGCUGUGUCACAUUGUUUUCUUGUAAUUUAACUCGAAGGUUAUAGUGGACCACCCUUCUUUAUUUUCUGUAAAACUAUGAGAUUGUUAUUUUUUAGGUACUUGUUUCAGUUGUUACACGCGAUGUUCAGAUAACGUAGUGCCUUCUUUAAAUACUGCGAAGAGUUUUUACCAAAAAUAAUUCAGUUGCAAUAAUGUCUUUAACUAGUUUCAUAUCGUUCAGUGGCAUUGUUUUAUUGGUAUUUACACACCUUUUAAGGUAUUUAAAUUUUUUCCAACGAUACAAAUUGCAUCUUCAAAAUAGAGAAGUUUGAGUUGGAUAACUUACGGGUUUUUUAAAUAAUUGGUUGAAUUAGACAUAUGGAGCAUAAGUCGUUUCUCAUUUGGUUUUCAUAUUGAAGAGUCUAUAUGAAAUUCGUCAGCACAUUUUGUAUAAUGCGUAAGUCACAAUUUGGUGCUAAGUUUUUUAUUUUUCAAAGUUACAAAGGAUGUUUAAAUAUUUGCAGCCUGGGAGGUUUCAAAAGCAUAAUCCAUAGAUUUUUGUAUUGACGACUCUGUUUGAGUAAUACAUUUACAAAAUUAGUUUCAUUAGCAACUUGUUGUUUAAUAUUUCAAGGGCAAAAAUGUUGAGGUUCGCUCUGUAAUUUCAUUGAACUUUGUUGGUCAUUGGAAAUGUGGUUGUCUUCUAAGGGGAAUUGAUAUGAACAAAGAUUUUCUCUUAUUUUUCUUCACUUGCUUUUCAGCUUAUACAAUCAAUGCUGCAUUAUGUAUUAACAUGAAUAAUACUGGCUGAGUUUAAUGUUUAAUGUUACAGAGCUUAUCUCCCUUUUUUGUAGACUGAUUUCUUUUACAUGCAGUAUCUUCUUUAACCAAAGUUAGUUAAUAUGAUCAGUUUCAGUUUGGCUCACAAAUAUUCUACCUACAAAUUUUUAACAGGACAUGUUUAGUUGCACUUUGCAUCACCUUUGUCCAAAAAGAUAACUCUGAUAACAGGCUUGCUUUCCAAAGAUUUUGCCCCGAAUGCCCUUAGAGAGUCUACUCACUCUGUAGUGGAGGUUAGCCAUUUCUGUUAGGCUGACAGUGACGGCAAACAUAGUCUGUGUACAGGAAACCCAGGUCAGGGCAGUCACUGUAAUAUCAGACAGUGCAGCUAUUUGAUCAGUUAAAUAAGUUUUCAUGUAUAAUCAUAUUUGUUUAGAUCUGCUAAAUGUGUAAUGUACAUUUGUCUUCUCUGUUAUUCUUAUUGUUUGUUUUUUUUUUCUUCUUUUUUUGAAACUUGGCAGGUAGAUUGUAUUUUUGCCUUUACGUACCAUACAAUUAGACAUGUAGUUAGUCUGUAGAGGUAUAGAAAAGUUAUUUUGCAACACAUACUAGUACUAGGUCUCAUCUGUUCUACGUUGUAUUUCUCCAGUUUAUCGUUAAAUUCGUUAAACUUGUUGUUCAAUUA